AUGCCUGGUGUGGAAUUGAGUUGUAUCACCAGUAUAAAUUAUGAUAGUUGGACUGAAGAAGAGAAAUCUCCAAUCAAAUUGGAUAGCUUUGUAGACAACUAUGGAAUUUUCAAAAAACUCGAAAAGAAACAGGUGGAGGGCAAUUACAGUGUUCAGAAAGAUUCGAAGGGUUUAAAUCUACUCAAUAUACAGACGAACCAGAUUGUUAAAGUUGUACGGAAAUAUAAAAAAUGUCCUCAUUAUCUUGAAGAUAACAGGAGUGUGAUAAACAUAAUAGCCUUGGGUACGAAUACAGGUGUUUUUGUGGAUUCCUCUAAUAGUGUUUGGUCUUUCGAUUCUACGGGCAAUGAGACUUGUAUAGAUGCUAAGCAUGUUUAUUCUUUUUGUAACGAUAGAGUAGUCAAAAUAGCUCCCGGAAGAAGCCACUUUCUUAUUUUAUUGAAAUGUAAAACAACUGAACGCAAACGAACAUGUUCGUUCGGUACCGAAAAAUCUCAACUCAACUAUGAUUUCUGUGAACAAUGCAAAAGUGCUGACAAAUCGGAACAUGAACUGGCCCAAUUAAUGAUCGACGCUGAUCAGAAAGCGGAGCAAUCAAUUGAAAACGAAAAACCACCUACUCCAGUUGAAAGUCUGAAAGAGCAACUGAGUGAAAGGAGCGCGCUCACUUCUAUUUCCGAAGAUUUAUUCUUGGAAAAGCCAUGGGAUGUUGUUUCCUAUAAAGAUCGCUCGUUUUCACAAUCCAACCCCAAUGAGUUAGAUUUCUCUUUUGUAUCUUUGGACCGCAUAUCAAUCUGGGAUAAAAUCGACUUAGCAGACAAUAGUUCAUCCGGAGAAUUCUCAGAGAAUUCAGACUCAAAAGAAGAUGGCAAUGAGCUCAGCUGGCUGGAAGUGUGGUCAUACGGUGACAAUGAGUGCGGUCAACUCGGGCAUGGCGAUACGGUCACGAGAUCUGACCCUGUACGUAUUGUCAGUUUAGUGGAUCGAACAGUGGUGGACAUAGCAGCUGGAACUAACUUCUCAGCUGCCCUCACAGCAGCGGGCGAGAUUUAUGUAUGGGGUAAACACAUAUCAAGCGACGGAAGUGACAACAUAUUGGUUCCAAGACUACAAAAACUGGGCUUGGACCAGUUCGCCUUCGACGUUACUACUACGGUCAACGCUCUUUGGAUUUUACUAAAUGGUCCUCGAACCUCCGUGACACUUUAUAGAAUUGGAGAAAUCAGGGGUGGAUAUACAACAACCCGAGUGAAACUUCAAAAAGAUCAAUUACCUAUCAAAAUAUGCUCGACUGGUUCGGAAGUUCAUAUGUUGAAGCUGUUACCACAUAGUAGACUCAAAGAGCUUCUGACAAUCCAUUUCGAUAUUGCUAAAACGGCUAAAAUGAUUAGAGGUGUUUUGGAUAUUUUAGGAAAAAUAAAGAAUUGCACCGAGGAUAUGUACUUGGCCAUGAUGACAGAUAAUUGCUCUUCUUUACUUGCACUGUACCAGGAGUUCUCUACGCAAAUGCAAUACACUGUACAAAUCGUUCAAGACUCAAAGGCGUCUAAAAAUAUUACUGAUGUACUAGUCAAGUUUUCUACACCUAAAUUCAUCAGCCGCUUGAAUAAAGCUAUCACAGAUUGUGCGAUAUCGGUCGCAUCCGGCUACCUACACUCUCUUACUUAUCCUAGCGACAUCAAGUUGAGAAUAGAUCGUUUAGCAACAGAGUACAGCGAAGACUCAGCACAGCCUGCAAAAGUUCUCGUCAAAUUAUUUCAUCGAAUCAUUUUAUGGCUCAAGCAUCUGGAAUUGUAUGGACAAGAACUCGCUUCUAUUUCAAGAGUUAGUUUAUUUUAG